AUGCCAUACAUGUUGAAGGACAAUUAUCCCAAGGAAGCUGCCACUGGAGAAGGAAGGGGUUUGGUCAAGCGGGUACCAACUCCUAUGCCGAGUUACGCGGGAGAACUCCUCCCAUUGAGGGCACGUCUUGCUUCCCUCAAAUCCCUCUUGUCCGAAAUCUCGGAUUCCCCUCACUGGUCAGAAAACCCUCUUCUGCCGGCCUUGCUCUCCACCCUCCGCCGAGUCGAGACCCUUUGCCAGCACUGCUCCGACGCUUCUUUCAGUCGCGGGAAGCUGUUGAUGCAAUCCGACCUUGAUAUGGCUGCCGGUUGGUUGUCGAAGCAGAUUAACGAUCUCGAGCUCCUGCUUCGCUCCGGCGUUCUCCACCAGUCCACCGCCAUUGUUCUCUCUCGCCCCAAUCCGAGUUCCUCGAAAGAGGAACUAAUGUUUUUCAUCAAAGACCUCUUCACUAGGCUCCAGAUCGGUGGGCUGGAGUUCAAGCGGAAGGGCUUGGAGUCGUUAAUUCAGCUUCUAUCGGAUGACGAUAAGUCUGCCGCUCUUGUCGCGAAAGAAGGGAAUGUGGGCUGCUUGAUUUCUCUGCUCGAUCUAAAUGCUCAUGAUUCCCUCAGAGAACUGGCGGUUCACGCAGUUUCCUUGCUCGUUUGCUCCGGCGAUUUGCCGCGGAAAAUUGUUUUUGAGGAGGGGGCUCUUGGCCCCUUGUUGAGAAUUAUCGACUACAGCUCAGCACCGAUAAAGGAAAAGGCCUCCAUGGUUGUGGAGUCCAUCACUGCUGAUCCCGAUCAAGGAAAACGCCUCCUUACUCUGUAA